AUGGCAUCUGGAGAUGACAGUCCUAUCUUUGAAGAUGAUGAAAGCCCUCCUUAUAGCCUAGAUAAAAUGACGGAUCUCGUAGCUGUUUGGGAUGUUGCUUUAAGUGACGGAAUCCACAAGAUUGAAUUUGAACAUGGGACUACAUCAGGAAAACGUGUGGUUUAUGUAGAUGGGAAGGAAGAAAUAAGAAAAGAAUGGAUGUUCAAAUUAGUAGGCAAAGAAACCUUCUGUGUGGGAGCUGCAAAGACGAAAGCAACCAUAAACAUCGAUGCUGUCAGUGGUUUUGCUUAUGAAUACACCUUAGAAAUUAAUGGGAAAAGUCUCAAGAAAUAUAUGGAGAGUAGAUCAAAAACCACCAAUACUUGGAUAUUACACUUGGAUGGCGAAGACUUCAGAGUUGUUUUGGAAAAAGACACUAUGGAUGUAUGGUGCAAUGGAAGAAAAAUGGAGACAGCAGGUGAGUUUGUCGAUGAUGGAACAGAAACUCACUUCAGUGUUGGGAACCAUGACUGUUACAUAAAGGCUGUCAGCAGUGGAAAGCGGAAAGAAGGGAUUAUCCAUACUCUCAUUGUGGAUAAUAGAGAAAUCCCAGAAAUUCUUGAAUGA